GGGGGGAGUGUCUCCGUUUCCAGAGGCGUUGGGAGAAAUACAGGAAGGGAGGUGUGUCUCCCAGCAGGGGAGCAUGGCCUAGACAUCCUCCUCUAUCCAAUUCUGCCCACCUUUUUCUCUCUGAGGAGGCACAGCGCCAGCUUCUUCGUCCAGUCUCCCCGCAGCACUACACUUCCCAGGAGGCAAAGGAGGCGGGCGCAUGCGCAUUGAGCAGCUCCACCAUGGCCACGGUGCUGUCCCGGGCGCUGAAGCUGCCAGGCAAGAAGAGCCCAGAUCUUGGGGAAUAUGAUCCUCUCACCCAGGCUGACAGUGAUGAAAGCGAAGAUGAUCUGGUGCUCAACUUGCAGAAGAAUGGCGGAGUCAAAAAUGGAAAGAGUUCCCUGGGGGAAGUGCAGGAUGUGGACUCAGAUGUGGAAGUUGGGAUGACGAAGCAGCACCUGUCAGAGGGUACGGCAGAGGAAUAUCCCACUGAGGCCAGCAAUAGCUUGGAGCUGAAGACGGCGAACUCCUUGAUGCCUUAUUUCCGCACGGCCAUCUUUUUGCUCACAGUGGUGAUCUCUAUGAUCCUCGUGUUGGUGUGUGCCUUCCUUAUUCCUUGUCCUGCGAGAGACUUGCAUAACACUUGGGUCCGCAACUUGGGUCAGGAGGCAGGUGGUGUGCUGUUUCCACCUGAACUUUUUGAUGUCAACGGUGAUGGUCUUCCUGAUAUCCUGCUCUCUUUUACAGCUCUGAAAAAUGCCAGUGUGAUGGGUGUCUCUAAACCAUGGGUAACUGUGAUGGCCCUUUCGGGCAUGAAUGGCAGCACCCUGUGGUCCAGUCAUGUGAAAGAGGAGAUUCGGAGUGUGCAAUGUAAGGGCUUGAACCUUAUGUCCUCAACAGAGCCUGUCUGCCUCAUUACUGGGACCUCUAAAUUCCUCAGUCUUCUGAGUGCAUCUUCAGGAAAACCAAUUUGGACCCUUGACGCAUCCCAUCUACCUAGUGGAACCUUGGCAGCUCCAGCUGUUUCUGUACCUGAUGUGGAUGGAGACAGGGUCAAUGAUUUGGUGAUCCUGGCUAUUGGAGAAACUCAGCCAGACUUAUGCUUCAUCUUGGUGUCUGGUAAAACCGGAAACCCUGUGGGAGGGGCAGUGAAGUACAGUAUUAAUGGAAAUGGAAAGUUGAUUGGCCCUCAGGCUCACGUUACUGGCCAUGGAGCGAUCUACAUCUUGUUUGGUUUUGGUAAUGUUCAAGCAGUUGCCUUGCGUGAUAUUUUUGCUCAGGCUAGAAACCGUGACAGCUUCCCACUAGUGCUGCAGCGAGAGGAGCCUGAAUGGGAAAAGCGCCGCUCUGUCAAUUUGUCAGAACUUAUUGAUAUUUACAGUGGUGGUGUUGAGUUUCUGCAGGCAGUAAAGUCUCCAGAUGGCAAUUGCAGUGACCUUCUCAUUACUACUGAUCGUGGUUUGACCUUACUGAGGGGACAGGAUUUGGAGCCUCGCUGGACUCUGAAACAGCAAGACAUUGACAGCCAGCCUUCUCCAGGCUACUUCAGCAAUGAUCAGAUCCUGGACUUCAUGGUUCAGGCACAGAGUGCAGGCAACAUCACCAAAAAGCUGCUGGUAGUGGAUGGUAAAUCAGGCCUCCCACUCUGGAACUAUGAGCUGCCCUGUCACAUGAAAAAAUCAGAUACACUCUCAGUGAUGACAUUGGACAAGAAAUCUGUCUUUCUCUUCUGGGCCAAUGAGAAGCAGUCCAUCCUGAAAAGCUUGGAACCUAGCCCAAGAGUACACCAUCUUUAUCUUCUUCAUCCCACUUUUCCUGCACUCCUCUUGGACCUCGGUAAUACAACAGGCACAGUGACAGCUUCUUCCAUUGGAAUCAAUGAUCUUCAAAAAGAUGCAUUUUAUAUCACUGUAACAACAAGCAUCACCUCCGAACACCAACCGGGCUUUCUGUCAGUCAGCAAACUCCGCCUGAGGUGGGCUUUGAUGACUCAAAGUCAAGAGGUACCCUUCAAGGACACAGAUCCCAAAAUCAGUCGUGGGGAAUUGAGGCGUUUUCUUUCUAGGAUCAAAUUCACGGAUUUCACUCACAAGUUCUAGCCAUGGAACUCCUCAGGUUUUUGGAGCAAUGGGACAGAAAUGUGGUUCGCAAUAUCAGCAAGCCAGGCUGCUCAGACAGACAUCCUGAUGUAUUCAGCCAAUCAAUAAUGGAGACUGGAAACCCAGCUGCCAAUAGCUGCACAAUGCUGGAGAGGCUGUACCGACCUGGACCGACCUCAGGCAUACUAACCUGGAAGGAAUGCUGCUCGAUCCCUUUGUUGCAACUCCCUGCCUGUAUAAUUCCUUCCAGGAAGAUUGAAGAUGUAAAUUUAUGCAGAGAUGAUGACAUAUCUGUAUGUAUAUUGUAUUUUUAAGUUAUAAAAUCAUUCAGGAAGCUCAAAUUCGUAUCUUAGGAAAAAUCUGUGCAUUUUUCUUUUCUUCGUAUUGUAUUCUUAGCUUUUGGGUUCCUUCAUAUCUUUGAUCUUCUCUGUUGUGUCCCAUUCCAUUCUUCUUCCCACCCCCACCUUUUCUCACUCAAGGCUAAAUGGUACUAUAUGUUUACUAUUAUAUAUGCUCCCCCAUGAGUUCAGAUCUAGAUGGAUUUGAUGCUGUGUUGUCUCAAAUCUGCCCCCUCUUCUGAUCAUGUUGGAACUAGCUGCCCUGUGGUUUGCUAUAAUUUUGGGUAUUCAGCAUAUUGCAAAGCAUUCAUUGCAAUGUUAUUUAGUAUUGACAGGGAGUGUCUGAAAAUGCCUUGCUAUAUUUUGGUGCAAUACAACUGUAGGUGGUGUUCUCACUUUGCAAGAAGACUUCUAUAAUGACCAUAAUGAUCCAUAAUUCAUAUCUAACUCUUCCUCUUACAAAAGCAAGAAAUAGAUGGAAACCAGAGCACUGGUCCAUUUUCUUAGGUGAUGAUUCCUAGCUACAGGGUGGUCUAUGUAAAGCAGUUUUCUCCAAACUGGUGGCUCCAGAUAUGUUGAUUACAACUCCCAUCAUUCCUGGCCAGAGAUUAUCUACAAGAGAAACUUUGUAGUGUUUCCAUUUUAAGUCUGUUAAACAACUUCAUUUUUCAUUACUGUGUCAACUAAAUUGUGUCGACUCCUUGCCUAAGUUUGUGGAGCACACCCCAUGUCUUGAUUUCAAAUAGAAUCUGAAGCUGCAUUAGAUUCAGCACCGUGAUUGAUGAGAGAGGCAGCAAGUCAGAAAGGAAAGUGUUGCCCUUCUCCCUCUUUCAGAGCUCUUUGUGGCUCUCACCUCCACACUUGCCAUUUCCCUUCUCUGCUGAUACCAUUUUCUUUUCACUCCAAUGCCUUCUUCUGAGUGAUGGUUCCUCCAAAAAGGGUUUGUGAGAGGAGUGGCUUCUGUGCCACAGACAUAGACCACAGCCAUCUGCCCAGUUCUGUGCUACAAGGAAGGACUCAAAGGAAGACGUUUGAGUCUGUGGGUGUUUGCGUGAAACUGAACCAGUCUUUUUCCUGUUGUGGUAUUUGCAGCAGCAGGGAGGUAGCCAGCCCCUCUCUCCACAUUGAGAUAUUUGGGAUUAUCUAGAAGGAUUACCCAGCCAUAGCAGCUGUUCCAGAGGCUGUGCUGGCCAUCUCUCAGCUGCAGCAUCUGCCAUUAAUGGAAAGUAGUUCUUGAGACUUUCCAGCAUAGUAGUGGAUGUUGAGGGGUGAUCUUUUUGGAGGCUGGUAGAUUUGCCUCCUCUUUCACUCUGCAGCUUUAGGUAUAAUAUUCACCACAUGGGAGAACCAACCCUAUUUCUUUUAUGUGAAAGAAGACUGUCUGUGGCAUUUGGGGAAAUCAUAAAGAUUCAGCUCCUUCAUGAAACCACUCUCCAUUGUACAGUUUCCAUUUUUUUAGUAGUUCCUGCCAACUGGUAUGUAAGAUAUAAUCUAUAUUGGAGGCCAUCAACAAAUCAUGCGAGUUUUUAAUUUCAGAAUAUCAUUAUGUACUUAGUUGAAAGUCUUCCUUUUGUCUGUGUUCAGUUUCCCAGGACUGGAUGACCCUGAGUAUUUAUAACAGAAGGAGAAAAACUUCUUUGCAUGGCUAGGUUUAUAUACUUUUUUCUAAAGUCCCAAAUGUAAUCUUUCAUUAUAGGACAGUUGCUCCAGCUUUUUCAUCAGUUGUUUUUUUUCAUGUAUGCUUUGCAGGUCUAUGAUACGAUUUUGAGAUAUGGUUAUCCAGGCGAUGAUUGCUCUGUAGAUUUAUAUAAAAACAUUCCAGUCUUAGAAAUGUAUUUGAUUCCUUUCCCAAUCAUCCCUAGUGUGGACUUUUCUUGCCUAUUACACCUUGGAUCAAAUUCUCCAUUAGGAUACAACCCUAAGAUCUCAUUUUGUACUUCAGAUUGCAUCUAUAAAUGGCCCAGUUAGGACUUUUUGUGUAUCUCUUUGCACUUCUUCACGUUAUAAUUUGUACAUAAUUUAUACUUUAUAUUGUAAAGUUUACACUGAGGUACAGAUGCUAAUUCACCUAUUUGUGUGAAAUUCUGUUGGAGUUCAUUGUAGAACCUUGCUUUUUAAAACCCUUCUGAAUAUUUUGAUGUUACCUGAAAACUUGGCUAUCAUGCUGCUCAUCCCUAAUCGCAGAGUAUUUAUGAACAAAUCUAUUUCCAAUCCCUGAUUCUUGGGUGGUGGUAUUCCACUUUUCAUAACUCCAUGUGAAGACUGUCCAUUGAUUCCUUUCCAUAUACUCAUGUUAGAUCAAGGCCACAAUGAGAGGAAUAUUCGUCCAUUGAAAUAAUUUGUAUAUACAUUGGUCUCUCUCUCUCUCUUGUAAAUGUCUGUUCAUCACAAUGAUACUUUAACCAGUCCUUGAUGAAGGACCUGCUCAUUUUUAUUCUUGAACCUUUGGAGAGUUUGUAUAUAUGAGAGGAAAAUUUAGGUAAGCAGUUCUGUAAAUACUAGCAAAACAAACAGCACUUGUCUUCCCCCAAAAUGCCCUAGACCUGGCCUGCAUUUAUAAAGAUAUUAGGUAAAGGCAUAUUAAUUUGUUUAAGGUAUCCUCAGUAGGAAGGGACUCCGAGAUUAUACAACCCUAGCAGGCAGUUUUGUCACUUAUCUGAAAUGACAGGAUGUGCCCAGAGGGUCUUUUCCUGCAACUGAUAUAUUUGAUUUAUAUUGUUUGGUGACGGUGAACCCUCCACAAUGUGAAUAUUUUCCACAUCCUGUAUGCACUUUAAGAGCUUGUCUGUAUUUUGUUCGAAUGUGAACCAUACAGGUGCAAAUAAAUACCAUGUAUAUUCCCA